GCAGCAUUUGAUAACAAGGUGGGAAGCGGCAGCAUCUCAUCGUGUCAUCUUCCGAGCCGUCGUCGUCCGUGGCCUCGCCGCCUCAUCGCCAAGCACCAAUGGACACCACGCCCACCAACCAAACGACGGACGACGCGCGCACGCCGCGCCGCGCCGAGUCGCCGACUAGCAGUUGCGCUCUUGAUAUGCUUUCGGCUGGCCUGUCCAACCAAGGCGCAGUCGACGACGGGCUCGCGCGGCGCCCAUCGCUGAAGCGACCGCUGGAAGUAGACGCGGAGUUCGAGCCCUCGGACCUGCAGCUACUCAAGGUCAUCGGCCGUGGCACGUUUGCGCAGCAAGUGGCGCUCGCCAAGGAUCGGCACACCUCCAACGUGUACGCGGUCAAGAGCUGCGACAAGCAGAACCUCGUGCAGCGCAAGCAAGUCGUGCAUACAUGGACGGAGAAGAAGAUCCUCGAGCAGCUCCGUGGACACCCAUUCGUCGUGACGCUCUUCUCGACUUUUGCGACGCCAGAUGAGGUCCACUUUGUACUCGAGUACUGUCCCGGAGGCGAGCUCUUCUACCACCUGCACCAACACGAUCACUUCAACGAGGCGAUCGUACGCUUCUACGCGGCUGAAGUCCUUUGUGCGCUCAAGUCGCUGCACAGCGCCAACAUUGUCUAUCGCGAUCUCAAACCCGAAAACGUCCUCCUCGACGCGCAGGGCCACAUUCGACUUGCCGACUUUGGCUUCUGCAAAGACCUUGGGGACUGCGACCGAACGUACUCUUUCUGCGGCUCACCCGAGUACUUAUCCCCCGAAAUGAUUGCGCGCCGGGGUCACUCGACCGCAACCGACAUGUGGUCCUUUGGCUGCUUUUGCUAUGAGCUAGCGGUCGGCCACCCGCCGUUCCAGCUGCACGAGGACUCCCUUCCUGACCUCUUCAGCGCGAUCCGAGCUGGCCGUGUGUACUACCCACAGGAACUCAGUCCGACCUUUGUCACGUUUCUCAAAGGAUGCCUCGAGACGGACAUCGCGACGCGACUCACGGCAUCGAAGGCCAUGGACGAGCCGUUUUUUGACGGCGUCAAUUGGAAGAAGGUGUGGGCGCUCCAGAACGAGCCUCCGUUCCAACCUUGCGUGCUUGGCUCUGAGUGCACGCGCAACUUUGACGACGACUUUACAUCCGAGAGCCCACGAUCGCCCGUCUGGGGCAUCGCUCCGCACAAGCGCAACCAGUCGAUGCCGUCCUCGGAUGUGUUCACUGAUUUUUGAUCGUGACCCGUCGAGCCUUGUACAAGCAUAGUGUACAUCCAUGGUGUACAUCAAACGUAUGAUAUUUUCCACAAUCCGUGGACCCCGUAUUUAGUUCGUUGUGGGCGCCGCCACAUUAUAAAGAGAACAACGUGAUACUACAAGCAA